CUAGAAUGUUCCUUUUUGGGUAAGGGGAGGGGGGGGGUCUGUGAGAAUCCUAACUGCGUGGCUGUUGGAUUAAGAAACUGCAGCAUCAGAAAGGGUUUAAUCUAAGAGAAGCAACAGCAGAGAGCGAGCGACCUAGUGUCAGUCCUUUUAUUUUGACUGCAAGUACGACUGGGCAACAAGGAUACAUAUAAGAGGAUACAAUAACAAAAGGAAAGCAGAGCUUCUUUGACUGGAGCAGAGAGAUAAAUAAACCAUUGUAGUAUCUGCUGCAGACACCAAACACAGCCAUUAUGACCCAGGGCAAGCUUUCAGUCGCAAACAAAGCUGCUGAAGCAGGAGAGAAGCAGUAUGGCACAUCAAGUGGAGAAGCAGGAGGGCCACCUGCCCCUCCCACCUAUGAGGAGGCCACUGGCACAAGUGAGAAAGCAGGCCUCAGCGGCAGCCCCUGUUACGGUAGGGCUUGUCCUAGUGACGAGGAGAUGCUAACAGAAUUCAGCUGGAGUGAUAAAAACAUCCGGCGGAUCUUUAUCCGCAAGGUUUACUCCAUCUUGAUGAUCCAACUUCUUGUCACUCUUUCCAUAGUGGCUCUCUUCACAUUCUGUGAACCAGUGAAGUUCUACAUUCAGUCCAACCCUGGAUGGUACUGGGCUUCUUAUGCUGUAUUCUUUGUCACAUACAUUACACUCGUCUGCUGUCCUGGACCAAGGAGACAGUUUCCAUGGAAUCUGAUCCUGCUCGCCGUCUUUACCCUCUCUCUCUCCUAUAUGACAGGGAUGCUAUCCAGUUACUAUAACACCAAGUCAGUGGUGAUGUGUCUGGGUAUUACUGCUAUGGUCUGUCUUACGGUCACUCUCGUCAGCUUCCAAACUAAGUUUGACGUGACCUCAUGCCAAGGCGUAUUGUUUACCUUCUGCAUGGUCAUGAUGGUGUCUGGACUGGUCUUGGCCAUCGCCCUGCCCUACGGAUAUGUGCCCUGGGUGCAUGGUGUCUAUGGUGUCUUGGGAGCGUUACUGUUUACCAUGUUUUUGGCGUUUGACACACAGCUACUGAUGGGGAACAAGCGCUACACAAUAAGUCCAGAGGAAUACGUCUUUGCCACUCUCAACAUCUACCUAGAUAUUAUCUACAUCUUCUCCUUCUUCCUGUCCCUGUUUGGAACAGAGAGAACAAACUGAUUCCACAUCCAGGCCAGCAUCGCAGAUCACCAUCUACACAGGAUCCGUAUUCAUAGUCUCAAACUGCAUUUACACAUGUAGCCAGAUUCAGAUAAUUUUUUCACUAAUUGCUAUUUGACCAAUCAGAUCAGCUCAAAAAAAUGUCUGAUGUGAAAAGAUCAGAUGUGAUUGGUCAAAAUACCAAUUAGUGGAGAAAGGUCUGAAUUGGGCUGCAGCCUCAGAGUAGUAGUGUUGAUCAAGGAUUUGCCAUUUAGAUCAUCAAAUCAAAUGUAUUUAUAUUGCCCUUCUUACAUCAGCUGAUAUCUCAAAGUGCUGUACAGAAACACAGCCUAAAACCCCAAACAGCUAGCAAUGCAGGUGUAGAAGCACGGUGGCUAGGAAAAACUCCCUAGAAAGGCCAAAACCUAGGAAGAAACCUAGAGAGGAACCAGGCUAUGAGGGGUGGCCAGUCCUCUUUUGGCUGUGCAGGGUGAAGAUAACAGAACAUGGCCAAGAUGUUCUAUUGUUCAUAAAUUACCAGCAUGGUCAAAUAAUAAUAAUCACAGUAGUUGUCGAGGGUGCAACAAGUCAGCACCUCAGGAGUAAAUGUCAGUUGGCUUUUCAUAGCCGAUCAUUAAGAGUAUCUCUACCGCUCCUGCUGUCUAGAGAGUUGAAAACAGCAGGUCUGGGACAGGUAGCACGUCCGGGGAACAGGUCAGGGUUCCAUAGCCGCAGGCAGAACAGUUGAAACUGGAGCAGCAGCACGGCCAGUUAAACUGGGGACAGCAAGGAGUCAUCAUGCCAGGUAGUCCUGAGGCAUGGUCCUAGGGCUCAGGUCCUCAGAGAGAGAGAAAGAAAGAGAGAAUUAGAGAGAGCAUACUCAAAUUCACACAGGACACCAGAUAAGACAGGAGAAGUAUUCCAGAUAUAACAGACUGACCCUAGCCCCCGACACAUAAACUACUGCAGCAUAAAUACUGGAAGCUGAGACAGGAGGGGUCAGGAGACACUGUGGCCCCAUCUGAUGAUACCCCCGGACAGGGCAAAACAGGCAGGAUAUAACCCCAUCCACUUCCCCAAAGCACAGCCCCCACACCACUAGAGGGAUAUCUUCAACCACCAUCCUGAGACAAGGCUGAGUAUAGCCCACAAAGUAUCAUAGUAUUAUAUACAGGGGGAUCUGAUCCUAGAUCAGCACUAUCAGCUAUAAAUGCAGGCUCUGAUCUCACCAUCAUUAUGUACUGUACAAAACCCAUUGAUCCUUGAUCCACCACCUCCUCCCACAUGCCCCCUCUAGCAUGAUAUGGACCUAUACUACUGUAUCCAGUAUUGAGUUUUUAGCCUGUCUAUUAAGCUGUUGAUCUCAGCACUAAUGUACAGCAGUUUUCAUCCAUAGGGCCACAGAUCUAUAGAUUUACAUUGCUCGCAGUAGACAGAUGUGAAAGAAAAAAUAACAUGCAAAAAUACUGAGUCUAAAAUCUAUAACUGACCGUAGGUGUUUGUGUCAUGCAGAUGUGAUGUAAUUGUUUUCUCCUAUCUUUUAACAACAACAGUCAUCUAUGACACUGCUCUAAAGGGGAUCCCCUCUUAUCACUCCUGAACACAUGAAUAUCAGUUAUGAAAAUCAAAUUCAACAAUAGCAAUACUGUUUUCAUUUCGACUUUUGCUUUAAAAAGCAGCUCAAACAAAACAUGUAAAAUUAAAUAUAGCCAUUGAAAUCUACCAUGCAAAUAUACUGUGCAUUAUAGGGAAAUAAUGCACACUCUAGAAUGCCCUUCAAGCCAAUCGGAAAGGAGACUUUUCACCACCAUUUUACUGAAUCAGGGUAUAUUUAAAUGUAUAUUUAAAUGUAGUUGGCGAAUAAAGGUGAUUCUCUAAUACUAAUGGUUUGAGCGUUCUCUGGCACUCCAGGAUGGAAUUCCGUUUGAGUCUUUGCAUGUCAAAAAAGAUACACGUCAAAGGUGUCAAAUAAUACUAUUGCAUUGGUGCUAGCUAGGUACCAAGCUAAAGCUAGCUAGGUACCAAGCUAAAGCUAGCUAGGUACCAAGCUAAAGCUAGCUAGGUACCAAGCUAAAGCUAGCUAGCUACCCCAGAAGUUGCUAAUAACAGCUGUAUCAAAGAUAUUUGCAAACAUUUUUGAUUCUAAUCUAAUUUCAAAUGCUCACACAGACGUUUUUCCAUUCGGUCGAACAAAUAAUGACUUAUUACCAACGCAGUAUUGUACAGAUUUGACAGUGAUCGUAAUGGUGGCGCUUGGCUUGCACGUGCAAAUUCAGCACACACAACAUUCCAUAAUGGAAUUGUGUUAUUUGAAGUGUCAAAUUAAAAGCUUAUUUGACCAUGUAUAUUUUUUGACACAUAAAGACCCAAAUGGCGUUCCAUACUCCAGAGUGAAUUUACAAACGCACCCUACAUCAGUGUUAUUACAUUUACAUUUAACCUUUAUUUAACUAAGCAAGUUAGUUAAGAACAAAUUCUUAUCUACAAUGACGGCAUACCCUGGCCAAACCCAGACAACGCUGAGCCAAUUGUGCGCCGCCCUAUGGGACUCCCAAUCAUGGCCAGAUGUGAUACAGCUUGGAUACUGGUACUCAAAGCUCUUUACAUAGUGGAGAGGAACCAGAGACUGUCGUGACACCUCUUACACUGAGAUGCAGUGCCUUAGACCACUGCGCCACUUGGGAGCACAUUGAGUACAGAUGUAGGAUCUUAAUUUGAUCACUCUGUUGCAGGAGAACUUUCCGGCAAUGCAGAAAAUGUCAAACUUGUAGUGUGUUUAAGUUUUAAAAUGUAUUUGGGAGUUUGUCAUUUGAAAAUUAAUGUCCAUUAAUUAUAAUCCUCAUCAUAAUUCACAUUUCCUGUUGCUGUAUGAUUAUUUUACUGCUGCAGCAAACUGGCACCUGUGCACAGUAUGUCUGUGGUUUGUUGUUUUUCUAAUGCCUGUCCUCCGAUCUGUCAGCUCUUAGCCUACUGGUUUAAAUCUCAAACGAACAUAAGAUCCAGAGUAUGCAGGCAAUUGAAUCCAAUUCUGAAUAAAUGUGCAUGUGGGCUAAUUGCUUGGCUUUCCAUGACUGCUUUAAAUCAAGUUGCACUUAAACUGGAGAUGCAAUCCUGUCUAUAUGAUGAGCCAUAGUCCAAUGAUGUCCGUAGGGGUUUCACCACUCAACCCUGGUUGGCUGCUAUGAAGUUCUAAUUUAUUUACAGAUGGUCUAAACCAAUGACUUCAUACCCAUUCUUUGCUGAGCAUGUUUUGGGGGUCAAUCUGGACAACUUUUAUUCAGGGUUGUGGUAAAUGUAUUUGCUCCAGAUGUUAUAUGUUCAUGACUGAACUUGGUGGUUGUUACUGUUUUUAUAGAGACCGAAAUAUGUUAUAUUUUGUAAAAUCAUUUAUUUAAAUGAUUGUAAAAGUUCAUCGUUUUGAAUAUUGUAACUAAAAAUAGUUAAUCAUGCUUGCAACAUGUCUGAGUGCCUUGCGAAAGUAUUCGGCCCCCUUGAACUUUGCGACCUUUUGCCACAUUUCAGGCUUCAAACAUAAAGAUAUAAAACUGUAUUUUUUGUGAAGAAUCAACAACAAGUGGGACACAAUCAUGAAGUGGAACGACAUUUAUUGGAUAUUUCAAACUUUUUUAACAAAUCAAAAACUGAAAAAUUGGGCGUGCAAAAUUAUUCAGCCCCCUUAAGUUAAUACUUUGUAGCGCCACCUUUUGCUGCGAUUACAGCUGUAAGUCGCUUGGGGUAUGUCUCUAUCAGUUUUGCACAUCGAGAAUCUGAUUUUUUUUCCCAUUCCUCCUUGCAAAACAGCUCGAGCUCAGUGAGGUUGGAUGGAGAGCAUUUGUGAACAGCAGUUUUCAGUUCUUUCCACAGAUUCUCGAUUGGAUUCAGGUCUGGACUUUGACUUGGCCAUUCUAACACCUGGAUAUGUUUAUUUUUGAACCAUUCCAUUGUAGAUUUUGCUUUAUGUUUUGGAUCAUUGUCUUGUUGGAAGACAAAUCUCCGUCCCAGUCUCAGGUCUUUUGAAGACUCCAUCAGGUUUUCUUCCAGAAUGGUCCUGUAUUUGGCUCCAUCCAUCUUCCCAUCAAUUUUAACCAUCUUCCCUGUCCCUGCUGAAGAAAAGCAGGCCCAAACCAUGAUGCUGCCACAACCAUGUUUGACAGUGGGGAUGGUGUGUUCAGGGUGUUGUUUUUACGCCAAACAUAACAUUUUGCAUUGUUGCCAAAAAGUUCAAUUUUGGUUUCAUCUGACCAGAGCACCCUCUUCCACAUGUUUGGUGUGUCUCCCAGGUGGCUUGUGGCAAACUUUAAACGACACUUUUUAUCUUUAAGAAAUGGCUUUCUUCUUGCCACUCUUCCAUAAAGGCCAGAUUUGUGCAAUAUACGACUGAUUGUUGUCCUAUGGACAGAGUCUCCCACCUCAGCUGUAGAUCUCUGCAGUUCAUCCAGAGUGAUCAUGGGCCUCUUGGCUGCAUCUCUGAUCAGUCUUCUCCUUGUAUGAGCUGAAAGUUUAGAGGGACGGCCAGGUCUUGGUAGAUUUGCAGUGGUCUGAUACUCCUUCCAUUUCAAUAUUAUCGCUUGCACAGUGCUCCUUGGGAUGUUUAAAGCUUGGGAAAUCUUUUUGUAUCCAAAUCCGGCUUUAAACUUCUUCACAACAGUAUCUCGGACCUGCCUGGUGUGUUCCUUGUUCUUCAUGAUGCUCUCUGCGCUUCUAACGGACCUCUGAGACUAUCACAGUGCAGGUGCAUUUAUACGGAGACUUGAUUACACACAGGUGGAUUGUAUUUAUCAUCAUUAGUCAUUUAGGUCAACAUUGGAUCAUUCAGAGAUCCUCACUGAACUUCUGGAGAGAGUUUGCUGCACUGAAAGUAAAGGGGCUGAAUAAUUUUGCAUGCCCAAUUUUUCAGUUUUUGAUUUGUUAAAGUUUGAAAUAUCCAAUAAAUGUCAUUCCACUUCAUGAUUGUGUUCCACUUGUUGUUGAUUCUUCACAAAAAAAUACAGUUUUAUAUCUUUAUGUUUGAAGCCUGAAAUGUGGCAAAAGGUCGCAAAGUUCAAGGGGGCCGAAUACUUUCGCAAGGUACUGUACAUGACAAAAAUAAUAGCAUAUUGUAUUCGACCUGGAAAAAUAGGAAACAUACAGUACCAGUCAAAAAUGUGGACACACCUACUCAUUCAAGGGUUUUUCUUUAUUUUUUAAUAUUUUCUACACUGUAGAAUAAUUGUGAAGACAUCAACUCUGAAAUAACACAUAUGGAAUCAUGUAGUAACCAAGAAAGUGUUCAACAAAUAAAAAUAUAUUUUAGAUUCUUCAAAGUAGCCACCCUUUGCCUUGCACACUCUUGGCAUUAACUCAACCAGCUUCACCUGGAAUGAUUUUUCAACAUUAUAGAAGGAGUUCCCACAUGUGCUGAGCACUUGUUGGCUGCUUUUCCUCCACUAUGCGGUCCAACUUAUUCCAAACCAUAAUAUAUAAUAAUAAUAUAUGCCAUUUAGCAGACGCUUUUAUCCAAAGCGACUUACAGUCAUGUGUGCAUACAUUCUACGUAUGGGUGGUCCCGGGAAUCGAACCCACUACCCUGGCGUUACAAGUGCCAUGCUCUACCAACUGAGCUCCAUCUCAAUUGGGUUGAGGUCGGGUGAUUGUGGAGGCCAGGUCAUCUGAUGCAGUACUCCAUCACCCUCCUUGUUAAAAUAUGCCUUACACAGCCUGGAGCUGUGUUGGGUCAUUGUCCUGUUGAAAUACAAAUGAUAUACUCCCUAAGGGUAAACCCGAUGGGAUUGUGUAUCGAUGCAGAAUGGUUGGUUUUGCAGCAAUUCGACCAUGAAGGCCUGAUUCACGCAGUCUCCUCUGAACAGUUGAUGUUGAGAUGUGUCUGUUGAACUCUGUGAAGCAUUUAUUUGGGCUGCAAUCUGAGGUGCAGUUAACUUUUACCAAAUAGGGCUAUCUUCUGUAUACCACCCCUACCUUGUCACAACACAACUGAUUGGCUCAAACGCAUUAAGAAGGAAAGAAAUUCCACAAAUUAACUUAUUACAAGGCACACCUGUUAAUUGAAAUGUAUGUCAGGUGACUACCUCAUGAAGCUGGUUGAGAGAAUGCCAAGAGUGUGCAAAGCUGUCAUCAAGGUGAAGGGUGGCUACUUUGAAUAAUUUCAAAUAUAACAUAUAUUUUGAUUUGUUUAACACUUUUUUUGGUUACUACAUGAUUCCAUAUAUGUUACUUCAUAGUUUUGAUGUCUUCACUAUUAUUCUACAAUAUAGAAUAGUAAAACAUUAAGAAAAACCCUGGAAUUAGUAGGUGUGUCCAAACUUUUGACAGGUACUGUAUUUGCUUACAUAACACCCUGAAUGGUUCAUAUGUGUAUGAAAUUUGUGGCCUUGGAAUAGUUUUAUCUGAACAAAUUGUAAUGAAUUUGCAGGUGUAAAUAUGCGCCUCUUGGCUAAGUGCAUUGCGUGUUAUUCCAUAUGAAUAUGUUAGAAUUAUUAUUAUUUAUUUUUACAAUUCUUGCUGUACAUAAUACAUAUGUAUUUAUUAGAACGGGAAUGUGAAUGUUUUUUGCAUUUACCUCUAAAAUAAAAUUUAAAAAAUGGACUCACCAA